AUGAAAGUGAGAUUGAAAAUCAUAGAUGCUCUUUUCCUUGGACUCAUACUUUAUCACCUGCUGAUUUCCCCGUAUACAAAAGUGGAAGAAUCGUUUAACCUUCAAGCCAUUCACGACUUGCUCAAUUAUGGGUUAACAGAUCACAGCAAAUUUGAUCAUAAAGCAUUUCCAGGGGCAGUAAAGAGAUCCUUCACCGGUUCUCUAAUUAUUUACAUGAUCCUCAAUCCGCUUCGAACGAUAAUUGACAGGGGUUUUCAGCUAUUACCCGAGUCUUUCUUCAUUUACAAGAUGACUCAAAUGAAAUAUCAGCUUUCAGCAAGGAUUCUUCUUGGAUUGUUCAACUGGCUUGCUUUUCUUGACUUGAAGUACUCUGUGAAAAGAACUUCACUUAAAAAUAGAAGGCAGGAGGUCCAGCGGACCGAAUUUUGGUUUUCGCUCGUUCAAUUCACCCAGUUUCACAUCCCUUAUUAUGCAUCAAGGACCCUUCCAAACUUUAUGGCUCUCCCUAUUGUCAAUUUUGGGUUAGCUCAAAUCAUCAAAGGUAAAGUAUUAAUGGGUAUCUCUCUCCUACUUGCGACAGGUAUAGUUAUGAGGGUCGAAAUUCUCGCAUUCUCGGCUAUCAUCUAUUUGAUUGCUUUGGCUCAAAAUCAGAUCACUUUUAGGCGUUCAAUCACAGCUUUAUUUCUGGUAUCCUUCUGUGCAUCGUUUACUACUAUAUUGGUUGAUUCCUAUUUCUGGGAGGAAUGGUCUUUCCCGGAAUUCGAAUCAUUUGUCUUCAAUGUGCUACACGGAAAUGCAAGUAAUUGGGGUAUGGAGCCCUUGCAUGCUUAUUUUACAAAAUAUCUUCGCAAAAUCUAUCUUCUACCUCUUGUCCCAAUAAUUGCUUGCGUUGAAGCAGUAUCGAAAUCAAACGAGUCAAGAUCUCAAAAAAUCCACUUGGUCUCACUAUCGUCGAUUGCAUUUGUCUUGAUGAUGUCAAUGCAAAAGCACAAAGAAUGGAGAUUUAUUGUAUAUGCCAUUCCUGGCAUAAAUUUAUCGGCUGCCCAAUUCCUAGCAGGUAUCAAAGUGACAAAACUAUAUCAGUGGCUAAUAGUCAUAGCUGUUUACCUUACAAGUAUGUUGUCAUUGAUAGCUAGCUUGUUUUUUGGUUAUGUGUCCAGCUUCAACUAUCCUGGGGGGGUUGCUAUGCAACUUCUGAACCAGCAUAUCCUUACCGACACGACAGUUCUCUCGAACAAUACGACAGUAAGAGUUCAUUUUGAUCCCACAUCUUGUAUGUCCGGUGUAAGUUUGUUUGGUGAGCUUGAGCUAGAGAACGUUUAUUAUGACAAAACGGAAACUCUAGAAAAUCUAAUUGAUAGAAACUUUUGGACAAGCUUCGACUAUGUUAUAACUCAUUGCGAUAACGAAAAACAGUUUGAUUGCAGAAGAGAGAAGUCAAAUGAUCAUGGUAUAUGGUCUGAAAUCGAGGCGGUCUCGGAAUUUGAUGGGGUUGAUUUACACAAGGUGAUUAAAGAUUUACCGAGAACGUUAUUCUUUGCGUGGAAACAUAUUAGCAUAAGACAAACCGCACAACCAGUCUUGCAAACAAUGAGGACUUAUGUGAAGACUAAGCCGUGUUUGUAUCUAUUUAAGAGAUCAAUGCCGGGUUAG